AUGCGAUCUAUGUGCACAGCAGCAGCACACGGUGAAAAGGCUGAAGCGGCGGAGGAGGAGAAAAUUCGAAAAGAUGCUGAGCCGUUGAGCCUCAAUCAAGCGCUGUAUUUGACGACUGAGCUGGGCUUAUACACCACAAGGGAAAUGCAGCUGCGUGUUAUGAAGUCGCCCUCAUUUUCAACGGAUUCGGCGGCUCCUUUUGUAUUAGAGGACUUUUUCAAUUCUAUGGAUGAGGGCUUCAAAAAAGCAGAAGAGGAAUUUGAGGUAUUGCAUGUUGGUGAGGAGGAGAAGGGAACGGCUGAGGAGCAGCAG